GUGAGGGAGGGAGGGAAACGACCGGAGAAGAGGAGACAGGCUCGGUCGGUACAGCUACAUCUACAACCGAGCAGAACCAAGAGGAGCGGAAGGGCAUUCACACCUUCUCGUCCGCACACAAGAGUGUCUCCGUCUCCUGUGUCCCUCCAUCUGUCAGUCCAGCUUUUUUUUUUGUCUCUCUCUUCCUCCCACUUAUCUCGGAUAUUAUGAGCUCCAGUUUGCUAGAAAACCCGGUGCAGGCGAUUCUGUACCUCCGGGAGCUCACCACGAUCGUGCAGAACCAGCAGAGUCUCAUCCAGACCCAGCGCGCACGGAUAGAGGAGCUGGACAGGCGGGUGGACGAGCUCAUCGGCGAGAACAGGCACCUGCGGGACGUCAGGGUGCAACAGCAGCUCCCUUACCUUCACCAUCAUCUUCAUCACACUCUCCCGGACGCCAGUUGCCUUCACCAUCAUCACCACCCGCAGGACCCCCAGCUCAAGACAACGACGGGGUCUCUGCCAGAACAUGCGGCAACACCAGCGCUGGUUGAGGUGUCUCCUGCAGUUCAGCCCCCACAUACCCCACCUAUGGACCCAGGGGACAUGCAGUUGGUCCCAGCGGACCCCUCUACGAUUUCCCCCAUUGAGAGUGAGUCGGAAAACGGCGGAAGUUGCCCCAGUUGCAAAUCUUUGGUUCCGAUGACCCCAACAACUCUUUGUCGAUCCCUGACCCUGGCAAGGCAAUCUGAGAGUGAGACCGUGCUGCAUCAGUUUUGCUGCCCCGCCCCUGAACAUCCGGAGGCCGAUACCUCAGGAUCAUCAAGCGGACAGAUCCUGAGCCUGGAGGAUGGGACGUCCUCUGGUGGAGGACAUGAAGUGAAGGGGCUGAAGAGGGAGGGACCCAGCGAGUACGAGAUCAAUUUGGAGAACAAAAACAAACAGAUAGAGGAGCUAGAGCAGAAAUAUGGAGGCCAUUUGAUCGCAAGACGGGCAGCGCGCCGCAUCCAGACGGCCUUCCGCCAGUACCAGCUCAGCAAGAACUUCCAGAAGAUCCGCAAUUCGCUGUCAGAGAGCAAGCUGCCUCGCCGCAUCUCCCUGCGCCAUCCCAGCCCUUCAUCCCGGAGCAGGAAUGCGGCCCAGAGACACAGCUACACUCUGCAUCCUGGAGGUGGACAGAUUCCCUUACGUUCAAAAACUCCUCCUCCACCUCCAUGUCGCUCCACAUCUCUUCCCCCGUCACCAGCGUCAGCCCCAGCAAACGCCCCAUCAUCAGCUCCAAGUCAGGCUCCAUCUCAGACAUCCGGUCCUACACUCACACAGCUGGAAGAUUGCUUCUCUGAACAGCUUCACUCCUUGGCUCAGUCCAUCGAUGAUGCUCUUCGUGGUUGGAGCCUGUCAGAGGGAGGAGAGGGGAAGGGACUUCUGAUGGACCCCGGGGCCCUUCGUGCAGCUGCAGAAAGUGCCGGCCUGCCCCGCAGCGCCAGUUCCCUGCUUAUGGCUUUCAGGGAUGUAACUGUUCACAUAGACAGCAAUAGCUCCUAUACCAUCUCAUCCGCGACCACCACAACCACCACCUCUCUGGGAAAUGCGAAUGGAGGAGAACCAGGCAGCAGGAAGCCCUCCGUUUCUGGGACAGGCGGAGGAGGGGAUGGGCAAUCGAUGGAGGAACCCGAGUUUCCCGCCCCUCCGCCCAGCGAGGAGCUGGAAAUGGUCGAUCCGGGAUCUAGGAGGGGGUCUGCAGCACCAGCUGCAGCAGGGGUUGGGUUGGAGAGGGAAAACAGCUCAGACAGACUGGAGUCCUCCACUUCCACCUCUACCUCCACGUCAAUCUCCACCUCAGUGCAGUCUAAUCAGCAACCUGCUCAAAUUUACACACAGUACCAGCAGUAUCACUACACUCAUCCACAGCAGGUCCCUGGGGGUCCGAGUCCGGAUUCCCUGCAGGCCCUUGUUGUCUCUCUGCCAAGGGACCGCUGCCAGGAUCCAGCCUCCUGUCGCUCCCCAACCCUGUCCACCGACACACAUCGCAAACGCCUCUACAGGAUCGGACUCAACCUGUUCAACGUGAACCCCGAGAGGGGCAUCCACUUCCUGAUCACACGUGGUUUUGUCCCGGACACGGCUAUAGGUGUGGCACACUUCCUUCUGCAGAGGAAGGGUCUCAGUCGACAGAUGAUUGGAGAGUUCCUGGGCAACAGCAAACUGCAAUUCAACAGGGAUGUCCUUGACUGUGUGGUGGAUGAGAUGGAUUUCUCAGGGAUGGAACUUGAUGAAGCACUGAGAAAGUUCCAGGCUCACGUUCGAGUUCAAGGAGAAGCACAGAAGGUGGAGAGGCUCAUCGAAGCCUUCAGUCAGCGGUACUGUAUGUGUAACCCUGAUGUGGUGCAGCAGUUUCACAACCCAGACACCAUCUUCAUCCUGGCCUUCGCUGUGGUCCUCCUCAACACCGACAUGUAUUCCCCCAACAUCAAGCCGCAUCGCAAAAUGGGGCUCGACGACUUCAUCCGCAAUCUGAGAGGUGUGGAUGAUGGAGCAGAUAUCCCCAGAGAGAUGGUUGCAGGCAUUUAUGAAAGGAUUCAGCAGAGAGAGCUGCGCUCCAACGAAGACCACGUCACAUAUGUUAGUCGUGUGGAGCAGUCCAUCCUGGGCCUGAAGACAGUCCUCGCUGUGCCCCACAGACGGCUGGUAUGCUGCUGCCGUCUGUUCGAGGUUCCCGAUGCCAACAAACCUCACAAACAGAAACUGUCUGCACUCCAAAGGGAGGUGUUCCUCUUUAAUGACCUGCUGUUGAUCCUGAAGCUGUGUCCCAAGAAGAAAAGCUCAGCUUCAUACACUUUCUGCAAAGCUAUGGGUCUUCUGGGAAUGCAGUUUCACCUCUUCAGCAAUGAGUAUUAUGCUCACGGCAUUACCAUGAUGAGCCCCUUUACCUCAGAGAAGAAGCAGCUGGUUAGUUUCUGCUCUCCCAGCGGAGAGGAGCUCAGGAAGUUUGCAGAGGAGCUCAGAGAAGCGAUCGCAGAGGUCAACGAGAUGGAGCAGAUUCACAUUCAGUGGGAACUGGAGAGGCAGCAAGGGAUCCAGUUGCAUGGCUUACACACCAAUGGUGGGCAAAUGGACACACACAUGGGACAUGGCUCUCCCUCAGGCCAACAGGAUGUGUAUGAUAAAACUGGCAACAACAACACAGUAGAGGUGUCAAUUCACAACAGGCUGCAGACCUAUCAGCUGAGCCAGCCCAGCAUUGAGUCCGCACCCCUGGCCCUGGCUGCACCCCCCACCCUGCUCAGCCCCGUCCAGGCCGGAGAGCUCCGCCCAGAGACCCUCAUCCAGUGCCAGCAGAUUGUCAAGGUGAUUGUUGUGGACCAGAGCGGACGGGGACGGAUGGAGGCGUUUCUCAGCCAAGGCCCAGCGACCCAUCAGCUCAUCCAGUCUGCCAUGUCUACUCCCGUCCGAGUCAGAGAGGGAGAUGGACCCCAGCCGCCCCUGCCGCCUCCUCCUCCACCUUACAACCACCCCCACCAGUUCUGUCCUCCUGACUCGCCCAUGCCCUUCCACCACACCAUGCCCCUCACCCGCCGGCGCAACUCCAGCGGCUCGCGCAGCAUUGUAUGAAAAAAAUAAUAAGUUGAUCCUCACACUUGCACAAAGUCGGUGUAGCACAAGUCAACGCAAAAAAUAUUGAAGGAAAAGGAAAAUCAAGAAUCUACUCAUAGAACUUGACAAAACUAUGUGAUUUGUUUUGAAUGUGAGCUUUAAUAGUGGUUCUGAAAGACAUAUUUUACUUCUUUUGUCUUCAAAAUGUCACCCAGUAUUAAAUGAUGUAGCCUGUCUACAUUUCCCAGUUUUUAAGAAGUAUGCUUUGUUUGCAUUUUUAAAUGUCAGCCAUCAGGCAAAUGUCUCAGCAAGCUCGGAUCAAGAAACCAAGCGAAAGAAAAUCUGUCCUAAAAGGACAAGAAUGAAGGACUGUUUUCUGUUCGGGAUAUUAAUAUUGCUCUUCAUUGGUGUGGAUCUUUACUGGAGUGAAUGUCAGGAAAUCUUUCAGUAACGAUGCCUAAUGUGAAAAAAAUACCAGUUAAUAGGGGCUUGAAAAGUACUAAUAUCACUUGAAUUUAUUCACAUUGAGCUUGGUUACACAAAUUUUAAUCUAUUUUCUUGGGAUUUUACAUAGUGAUGCAGAAUUAUAAAGCAGAAGGAAAUGUAAUGUCUUUUGCAUUGCUCUGUAGCGUUCUGCGUAAAUAUGUAGCUAUACCUCAUUUUGAUGUGAUCCAAACUGUAAGAUUUACUUUUGAUCAAAUUUACUUUAUGAAAUAGUCCAAGCGUAUUCAAGUCACAUGUAUGUACAUCAGCUUUAAAGUUUUGCUAAAGAUUCCUAAUUGGAUUUAGGUUUGAACUUUGACUAGACCAUUCUCAAGCACAAAUGGUUCUCCCAGGGUCAAUUCUGUUAUUGUCUAUUCUCUAACACCAUUACCAUUUAGUAAUGGUAAUGGUGUUAGAGAAUAGACACCAUUUUUCUUCCUGUAUUUAGAUAUAUCAAUGCUUAUAAACUGACCAACUUCCCUGUUCCUGAUUAAAAAAAAUUAUGCAUCCUCACAGUACAAUGAUGCCAAUACUAUGUUUUGUUGUGAGGACAGUGUUCUUAGGGAGAGAUAGUUUGUUGGUAUUUCACAUAUAAUUUUAUAUUCGGGCCUAAAGGUUUAGACUUGGUCUUAUCUGACCAGAGCGUCUUUCUGCACAUAUUUUCUGUCCUGUUGCUGUAAGAUUGUUGUAUUAAUACUGAGGUGGAAUUAUUAACUCCUUCAUAUAAACAUAAAAUAUAAAAUGAAAACCAACAUUUUACAUUUACUGCUCUAUUAUGCAGUAACUUGUGUUUGUCUACAGUGUAAAAUCCCAAUAAAAUACCUUGGAGUUUGUGGUUGUAAUAUAAAAAAUGUGGAAAAACUUCAGGCAUGAAUAUUUUUGCAAGGUAAGAUAUUUGGUUGUCUAUUCCUGAUUUUCUUGCAAGCAAAACAGAUGUAUGAAAAAAGCAGGAAUGGGUGAGGGGAAAAAUACAUCAGCUGAUGAGGUGUAGUGUCAGAAGCAAAGUCGUUCCCACUCACCCAAAAAAAUAUCUAAAAAAUUUCUCAAUGACAAUCAUCUUUUUGUGCUUCAUUGUGUGUUUUGCUAAAACUGUCUCAUUUCUUGCUGCUUGUAUUCAGUGGUUUGUUGCUCUGACGGGAAAGACUGCUGCACUGCAACAUGUGAUACUGCAUCUGCACCUCACAGAGAGCAAAGUGUGUGUGCACCAUGUGUAUUCAGGCUGCUUACUCGUGGGCCACUGGGAUUUGGGCCGAUAAUUCAUUCAAAACAAGGCUAAAACAGGCGCUCACAAAGCCUUUCUUCUCAUGUACAUUUACUCCUGUGAAUACCAAGUGUGAAUACCCAUACCCAUGUUACUUUUGGAUUUAGAGUAUAUCUUAAAAAAGCCCAGAAAAAGCGCUAUUAUUAAAUCUUGAAAUGAUGCUACACAGGGUAGAUACCUCAGAGUUUUCACUGUUAUAUUUUCCUUAAAUAACUGGAUCGUUUCACAAGCAGAGAUGCAUUUCUGCGAAUGUUCAGCUGGAGAAAAAAAAAACUGAAGAUGUCUAAGAAAUGAUUCUUUAUUUCAUCACUGUGUUGAUUGCUCAGCAUAGAUGGUGUCUGACUUGAGCCGGUAUAUAUAGCACAUCACUAAGUCUUUUUGCACCACAGAAUAUAUUGGAUAUAUUGUAAAUAGAUGAAAUAGAUUUAUUCUGAAAAAAAAGUGAUCGGUUUGCCCAGUGUGUGUAUCUACGUAUGUAUUUGUACAGAGAAAAAUCUAGUUUAAAAGAAAAAAAGAAUAAUAUAGUUAUUAUAGUUACUAUUCACGUUUAUUACUGGGGGUGUCCUAAAUGCAAACCCCCUUAUGAGAGUCGGGAAACAGGCAGUUUUUUGUAGCGUAAACAGUUUAGUUACUGAUCUAGAUCCAUCAUUAAAGAGUCAUAUCAUGUUAUAACAACGUUACUAAAAGAUGGCAGUGGCACCUGUGAAGGUGUGUAAAGGGCUAUCCUGUAAUGGUGAACACAUACAGUAAAACACAUACCCACAGACGCACACGAACACGCGCACACAAACAUUUACGACCUACACAUAGCUGCUAAAACAACAAAUUCUGAUUAAAUAUACUGCUUGAUUUAUCAAGUCAGCAACCCCACUUUGUUUACUAUGAACUCUGACUGGCUUGUAGUAUAAAGCAUGAUGAUUUUAUUUUGUUUUCUUUUUUCUAUUAUUUCAAGAGUACAACAGGAGCUCGAUGCUAUGUUUGUUUCAUUAUUGUCAGAGCAUGUUAGGUUUGAUUGAUGUCAUUUUCUCCUCCCUCUCGCCCAUUCUUUUCCCUUCUCUUCUCUCUGUGGCUGUCAUGGAGACGCACCAAAUCUGCAUCCUCCUUGUGCAGCACCGUCAGUUAAUCUUUGCAUCCUCACGGUAUUUCUAACAAGGAAAUUUCUUAAAGAACAAUGUGUUUCCUAUUGGAAUUUCUAAGCUUUUCUGUUUGGAGAAAAUGAAAGAAUAAAGUAGUUUUUACUCUCGGG